UUCUUUUCUUUCUUUUCUUUCUUUUCUUUUCUUUUCUUUUCUUUCACUAGAGGAAUGAUGCUCUCACAAUUUUGGAGGCCAGAGUCAAAAUUAAGGUGUUAGCAGGGUGUUUCUUUUUGAAGGAUCAAAGGGAUAGUUGGCCCCAUGCCUCUUUCCUGGUGGUCUCUGAUCAUCUUGGCACUCCUGGCGUGCAGCUUUGUUACUCCAGUGUCUGCCUCGUCUUUGUAUGAGAGCACUGCUGGAGAAGAAGCAAAGAAAAAAGCGCCUUGACCCACUCAUGGUACAGCCAAAUCCAGAAGCCAGGCUAUGUCGGUCAAAGCCCAGAGGCAGUGAGGAGCAUACUCCUUUAGUGGAACCUCAUACUCCUCAUAACGACGUCAUCCUACAUGGCAUUGAUGGUCCAGCUGCCUUCCUGAAGCCAGAUGCUCAAGAUUUAGAAACCAAACUUCACGUUCCUUCGGUAGGCUCUUCUGCUACAGAAGAAGAUACUGAAGGCAGUGUCGGUGGGGAAGGCACCUUGGAUGCUGCUUCCAAGCCAGGUCUUCAGGAGAUUCUCCAGAAACAUGGUAUCUCAGGUAGUUUGAACUUUGAUGAAGAGGAGACUGACAAUGAGGAAGAAGGAAAAAAAUUAACAUCCCAUUCAACACAUUCAGAAACAGAGAGGCCCAAUUCUGCAUCCAGCCAGAAGUCAGCCACAGAUACAGGAGCUUCCAGUACUGCAGCCCAACAGGCUGAUAACCACCUGGGAGAAGUGGAGAAUUUAGUGGAUUUUGCAUAUAGUCCUGCCCCUCGAGGAAUCACAGUAAAGUGUCGCAUAACCAGGGAUAAAAAAGGAAUGGAUCGGGGUAUCUUCCCCACCUACUAUAUGCACUUGGAAAAAGAUGAAAAUCGGAAGGUAUUUCUUCUUGCAGGCAGAAAGCGGAAAAAGAGCAAAACAUCCAACUACCUUAUCUCCACUGACCCAACAGAUUUAUCUCGUGAAGGAGAAAGUUAUAUUGGCAAACUCAGAUCUAACCUCAUGGGGACCAAGUUUACAGUUUAUGACCACGGUGUCAGCCCAAUCAAGGCCCAAGGUCUGGUGGAAAAGGCCCACACACGCCAGGAGCUGGCUGCCAUCUGCUACGAAACAAAUGUACUUGGAUUUAAAGGUCCUAGGAAAAUGUCUGUGAUCAUUCCAGGGAUGAAUAUGAAUCAUGAACGGAUCCCAUUUCGACCACGAAAUGACCAUGAGAGCUUGCUUUCAAAAUGGCAAAACAAAACCAUGGAGAACUUGAUUGAACUGCAUAACAAGGCCCCAGCAUGGAACGAUGACACCCAGUCCUACGUCCUGAACUUCCAUGGCCGGGUCACCCAGGCGUCUGUGAAGAACUUUCAGAUAGUCCACGGAAAUGACCCUGACUAUAUAGUCAUGCAGUUUGGACGUGUGGCAGAUGACGUGUUCACACUGGACUACAACUACCCACUGUGUGCGCUUCAGGCCUUUGCCAUUGGGCUUUCCAGCUUUGACAGCAAGCUAGCGUGUGAAUGAGAGCAGAAGCGAGCGUGGAGCUGGGCUUCCUCACUACAGAGCUUUCGGGAGCAGAUAGUUGCUGCCCUUGCCCCUUUGCCAGGGCAUGAAGAGCCCCCUUUGGAAUGGUCCCUGAAUGUAUGUAUGUAUGUGAGUAUAUGUGUGUGUACACAAACACACACAUAGACACACACAUACUCCUUCUCUGGGUUUCAUAGACUUGGUCAGGGAUCACAGCUUAGCGUGGGUGAGAGAUUGCUUAAAGCACAGAGAGGUUCUUAUCACAUUGGUGACUCAUGACGUUACUGCCCAACAGUUUCUGUGCCUCAAGAGUGAGUUUUCCAAUGCUUGGAAACUUGCAGUAGAAUCAGGUUCUAAUGAUUAAAUACUUGGAUCUCUUUUUUAAAAGAUCUUUUCACAGGAAGACAGUUCCCUAAAUUGCCUUUAGUUUCCAGGGCAGGAGUCUGCAAACUUUUUCUGCAAAUGACCAGAUAGUCUCUCUCCCGGCUAGUCGAUUCUGCCCUUGCAGUGCAAAGCCACCGUAGGUGCAAAGCCACCGUAGGCAAUUCACAAGUGAGCGCGUGUGGCUGUGUUCCAGUAAGACUCUACUGACAAAAACGGCAUCAGGCCCAAUCUGGCCUGUGGGUUGUAGUUUGCCAACCCCUGCUUCAGGUGUAUCCAUAUACUCUAGGCUUGAGCAUCUUUCAAAAUUGGUUUAUAUUUAGAAAGUAACAGUCCUACAGAUUGUCUCUAACGAGAUGCCACAUCCACUGUUAGUUACACAGAUUCACCUUGUUUUGGUGACAUUGGUUUCUAGAGUACCAUCUACCAUGAACACUGGGAAAACCCAAACAUAGGGAUCAUUUAACUAAUUAAGUCACUAAGGUGACUUAAUUCUGCUGUCUCACCCACCUUACCCACAGGAGAAAGUGAUGACAGCCACUUUACCCACCCUAAGAAAAGAACUUAUGCCUACUACAAAACAAAUCUGGAACUAUAUGUUCUUUAUCAGAGCAAGUAUGGUAUUUGUUUCCCAGAGCUUGCUGCGCCCCAGGGCCAGGAAGGCACUGAGUCACAGUCCUGUCUUCCCUUCCUUCCCUCAGAGCAGGUUGGCUGGAACCAACUUGAUCAAAAUGGCUCUGGCCAGAUUUGUGAUCAAUUAUGAGAGAAUUUUAUAUAAUUGUCUUCAUUUCAGUUAAGGCUAAAAGCAUAAACUCCAGAGGUGACUUAGUCUAGUUAAGACUGAGAGUAAUUUGAUAAUUGCCUUCAUUUUCAACCCAAGAGUGCCUCCCACAGCUGUGUCACUAUGGAGCCAUUAGUGUGGAGGGACAUACACACCUGUAGGCAUCAUGUGCAGACCCUUUUUUAUUGUCAUUAUCAAGAGAGGUGGCAGGAAAGGCCCUGGUGAGGACCAGCCAGCUGCCUCUCAAGCUCUGCAGGCCUCAUUGGGCAGAGCUUGGGCCUUCUUGACAUGAGGAUUGUCAGCUCCCCAGCACCUGGUUUGUUGGUGCAGGUCAUGCUCCUGUCACUUUUCAUCACAGAUCAGAAGAUUUUCACUAAGUCUUUCAGAUUAUUGGCACCUCUCAAAUCAUGUGACUCUUGUACCAGUUCGCUCGUCCCAGACUGUUUCUGAACUUUGAGAAUGCAAGAACGCUCUGCGCCCUGCCUUCAGCCUGUGCGCUGCGCUGUUAGCCAGCAUGGGCCAAGGAGCCGUGGCCGUUGCUCCAUCAUGUUUCCCUUCUGUGGACUGCCUUUGCGUCCUUGCACCUGUUGCUCCCACUCCACAUCAAAUAACCACUUGAAGGAAAGAGAUCAGGGAGAUGCCAAGACCCUCGGCGCAUCCCCUGCUGGCAGGUCCGCCCUGCGUGGUUUCAGCAUGACUGGUUUCCAUCUCAGGCAUGCUUGCCAUCAAGUGCCUCCUUUCUAGAAGUGCCCCAAAGCCCUUCACACCUCCGUUGCCCCUUCCUGAGGCACUGCCACCUGUUGGACACAGCUGUUCACUUAUCUCCAGGUGCAACAUCACUGCAUCUGGGGAAGGGGACCCUACAGUGGGCAGCCUGGACCUGAUCUUGCUUCCUCCUCCUUCCCCUGGCUGGGAGACAUACAUCCCAGUUUCACAUUCUUUCUGCUUGAGUGUGCAGGUGAUUGGUUUUACAUAAAUCAUAUUUACACCUUUUGUAUGCUACAGAAAUAAAAGAUAAUUUGUAGAGAAA